AUAAUUAGACAAAGCAACUGCUGCACAACAUUCACAUUUCACAUGCGUUUGAAACCAACAAGUGCUUCGCCUAUUCCCAGACUGUCAUAAUUGAAUAUUUUGUAGCAGAAUUUCGAGUCAUACACACCUGUGCACUCACUUAAAGAUAAACGUGUUUUAUUGUGGAGCCAUGAAGGAAAUUGUUUAUUGUUUAUUGUUGCCGCAGCUAAUCGAAAAGUGCGAGUCUGACAGCUUCCUGAAAAGGUAGGAACUAAAUUGCAGCCUUACACAGGACGCCAAAAACAUGAAGACGAUCUCUGAGAGUGUCUCAGGACCACCUGCUGGGCAAAGACACGCACAAGGAGGCGUGUUCUCCCCAGGUAAAAGAAACGCUUGGAUUCCAUGGCAUACUGCCUGCAGUCAGCUCAGACUGAAGACCUGUCCCGGGAGAGACUUCCACACAGGACGCGAUGGCCAAGAACAAGAUCACAUUGCAGAGCCCAUGGAAGGAGGGAGCUGUGGGCUUUAUACUCGGUUCAGUAGGCGGUUGCAUCCUGGGAGCCACAGAGGACCCGGUGGACAGGACCUUGGCCCUGAUGACCACAGCAGGUCCUCUCAAACCAGUCAUAGAAGAAGUCCAGACACUGGGUGCCCUGGGACUGGGGACUUUGACUGGAGCCACGGCUCUGACGAUAGCAAUGACCUCAGUCGUAGCUGGCGUGAUUCUGGCUGCAGUGGUCGCCUCUAUUUUUGUGGUGACCAGGAGCUGUGGGCUGAACCACUCAGACUCUACUGGCUUGUGGGUUACAGCAGGACUGGCUGGUGCGUUAGGAACAACAUUGAGUGGUGCAACUCUAGGAAUCAUUAUUGAGUUCAUUGUGAACAGUUCUGGUAUGGUGGGCCUUCUUUGGGCUCUGUGUAUCUUCACAGCUGUUAAACCUCCACUGCACUUCGUGUUCAAGCUCUUGUGGAAGCAGAGUGAGGUCUGCUGCACUCUACCACCCACAGCCUGGACCAUGAAGAAGGAAGCGCUGGAGAACACAGAGACCCAGCACAGGAUUCGCGUGACAAUGCAGUUAGAGCAGAGGAUCCUGACUCUAGAGAACGGAGGAAAUGUCAGUGAGGUCGAGGACAGGUUGGCGUGGACUAAUGAUCAACAAGAGCGGGAACACCUGGUGAAGAGGAAGAUGGAGGCAGAAGAGGCUGAGAUGGAGCAAAGAACCAUUCAAGACUGGAUCAACACUGUGGUAGUCAAACAUGUAGACUUCCUGGCUUUCGCUGGCGUGCCAAUGACAGUGGUCGCCGCAGUAACAGCAUGCUUUGGAGCAUUUGGCUAUGGAAAUCACCAGUUUGUAUUCUUGGCUCUUCUCAGUUUGGUGACCGUCAUCUCAUACUUUCUACUAAAGCCUUCGGACUUUAAGUUUUGGAUGCUGGUGGGCUGCAUGUCCAUGAUAGCAACAUUUGUCAUCGCAAUGCUCACGCUCCACGCUGGCCAGGUGGUCGUAACCGCUGCCAUGAAGAUGCAUGCUGCUGGGCACAAGCAGUCCAAAGAGGACAUAGGAGCGCGCAUGGCCCACCAGUCCUCUUUGGAGGCUUUGAACACUGCUUUCUUUGUGGCCAAAGUGUGCCAGCUGGCUCUUGGGGCAACAGUGGGGGGCCCUCUUGUGAGGCAGGCGGCAGGACAAGCCAAAGUCAUCGUGGGGUCAGCUUUGGUGGCAGGAGGUCUGCUCGCUGGAGUGGAGGUCCUGACACCAGUACUUGGGAAUGGCGGCCGGGCUGGAGCCCUCUUGGGAGUUGUGGGGGCAGCGGGCGUGUCAGUGGGUGCAGUUGCAGCUAUGGCUGGGCAGUGGUCCUCGUGGCAUGGCACGUUUUGCUCAGUGGUGGGUUUGCUUCUUGGGGCAAUUCUGUUAGGGAAGUUUCAUUUGGUUAAUAUUGGAUUGCAGGUUCCUGUAGGAUGUAUAUUUGCCAUGACGAACCCUUUCUAAGGAGUUAUCCGAGUGAAGUCGCACAGUCAGGUUUUUUUUUUUUUUAACCUCAUGUGAUAGAACUACUGAAAUAGAAGAUUAUCCAGCCACAAACACUCCCACUGACAUCACUUCCACGUGGAACCAGGAUGAAAUAAAUAUAAAAGUACAAAUAUAUAAAAAAGGAUUUUUUUGUAAUGUUCUUUCUUUUAUUUUCUUUUAUUUUUUUCAGACUUCACCCCCUCAUGAAAAGAUGGCAUGGGGUCAUAGUAAAUCAACCAACUGUUGUACUACUGUGUAAUAUUUUUAAGUUGUCUUAUGAGAUCUAAAUAUUCUCCUCUUAUUGGUCAAAUAA